AAAAGUGAAAGUGACAUUGAAAGUGAAAUUUUAAAAAAGUGAAAGUUUUAAAAAUCGUCUUGAAAAGUGAAAGUGAAAAGUGAAGAUGCGGAUCUUCGUGACGUUCCGCCGCGAGCGUCUGACGGUUGACGUGGAGACGGGCGUGACGGUGGGGCAGAUGAAGCGGGAGAUCAGAGACAAGUUCUCCCUGGUGGGAGACGACGGCACGCACGAGAAGAAGUUCCUUGUCUUGACCUUCGCAGGUUCCACCCUCCAGGACGAGUGGGUGUUCUCUGAUAUCGGCAUCCUCCCGGGAUCGACCAUUAAAUGCGCCCUGAGGGAGGUGGACGGACCCACCCUGUUCGUCUAUACAGCGUUUAACGGCGAGACGGUGACCUUCCUGGACAAGAUAAACUUCGUGUCGGGGACGGUGAGCGAGGUGCGGAGUCUGGUGACGCGCCGCACCGGGCUGCCGGUCGGCAUCUACAGGCUCCUGGCGCCCGGCGGGAGGGAGAUGUUCGACUGUAACAGCCUCGACUUCUAUAAGGUAGAGCUGGGCGCGACACUGCGCAUGGAGACGUGGGACGGCUGGACGGAGUUUCUGCAGGCCGCCACCGCAGGGCAGGCCGGGAGGGUUCUACUGCAGGUGGCCGAGAACGAAAUGGUGCAGAGGUACCAGUACAAGGUGGCCCUGUACAUCGCUGGACACUACGGGCACGCGGACCUGGCCACCUCGGUGCUGAAGUACGGCGCCAAGCCUGACGAGCCGGUCGGCAUGCAUCCUUUUCGGGAGUGGUGUGACCAGGACUCCCAUCCGCUGGCUAUCCAGCCCGCUAUCCACCACACGGCCGAGACUGGACAGGUGUCUGUCCUGCGAGUGAUGAUCCAAUACAACCCCAGCUGCCUCGCCUGUAAGUUCCAGGGGAAGAACCCGCUGUCCGUAGCGCUUUUGGCGGGAAAGCGCGAGGCGGCCAUCUACCUCAUCAGCAAGUACUGGAGCCCGGUCACCAUCAACAACAUCUCCCUGUCCAUCAACAUGUACGCCAAGGUGCGGCGUUGGGCAGAGGGGUCCAGGGAACGGGUGUUCCUCCAGAAGGGUUCAGUGGCCACGUCCCUGAAGCGGUCGCCCCACAAGGGCGCGCUGGUCGGGCAGGGGGUCAACGUCGACGGAUUCACCUCCAGCCAGAUGACCUCUAAGACGAAAGCCGAGAUGCGUCAGCAGGCCUUAAAGUCGAUGGCAGCGUCCAGCAAACUCCCGCCUAUGCCGGUGCUGACCAGCAGGUUCAGCAAGACACUGUUAACGAUGCACAAAGAGAAGCUAAUCCGGGAACAGGACGCCGAAUCCGUCACGCCCAAACGCAGCUUCGCCCAGACAGACUCCAGCGCGGAGAUGCAGCUCCCAAACAUCCCACCAGGGGGCGCUAAAAAACUCAAACUGCGGGCUCUGCUGGGCAAGAAGGAAUCUCCCGCUGCCACCGACGAGUCGCCACCAGAACAAAGUGCUGCUUCCUCGGGGGCUAAAAAACUGGCGAUGAAAUUUGGCGCUGCGAAAACUGCGUCAGAAUCGACCAGCGAAGAUGCGCCAACACCCAAACCUGCCGGGGGCCUCAUGGGUAAACUAGCCGGGCUAAGGAAGGCCGCGGACAAGCCUGAAGAAAGCAAACCUUCCCCAAGUUUCGGAGGAAAGCUUCUAGGGAAAGUUCAGGACACGUCAGGCGCUGAAGACUCACCGGCAGACGCUGCAGUACCGGCGGCGCCCGCCGCGGGGCGCUUCAAACUGAAAUCUCUGCUCGGUAAACUGAAAGGCGGGCAGAGCGCAGAGCCAAGUCAGGAGGAGGGGGCAUCAGGAGGGGCGACCGGGAACUUCAUUGAGACCGGGAAGGACAAACUGCCUCUCCUGCUGCCCAAACUGGGUCAAGGUCAGGCCGAAGGUCAACCCGACGACCUUGGGGGCAAGCAGAGGUCAAAGACCGAGGAGCCGCUACCUCUACCCGCCCUUGAAAAGUCGUUUAUCCGCCGGCGUUCUAAGACGGAAGAGAUGCGUAAGAGCACGCUGGCGCUGUUUGAGCUGUACCGUGGACAGACGGCACAUGAGAAGGCGGUCGGCUGCAUGGCCAUCGCAAACACCUUCAAGGAGAAACCCUGGCUCCACCAGGUGCACCUGGCGGUGACCCUGGCCAGGCAGAGCGUGCAGAGGUCGCUCGAGAAGGGACGCAAGGACAAGAUGGAGGUCAAGAGUUCAUCCUAAUGGGACUUGUACUGUAUCCAGAACCUAGAUCUUAUAAUGCCUGAAAGGCUUAGGAUCAGGCACGGUUCUGGAUAGUCCCUAUUGUAUCCAGAGCCAUGCCUAUAUAGUCUGAAUGGGUUAGGGUCAGGCAUG